UAUCUUUGUGUACGGCACGCUACUGUCGCUCCAGGGCGAUGUGCAUGGGGAGUAAGGCUGUGUUACCAGAGUCCUCACCUGGGAGCUGAGACGGAAGGCGGGGUCAGGGGCCAUGUUGCACCAGCCUGAGCCGAGAGAGGGGAAGUGGGUUGAAAAGCGGUGCAGGUGGUGGAAAAACAUGGCAACAAUGCUUGUGGUUGAGCAAACACAGCUUUGCGGUGCUUUGUGAGCAUCUGCUCGCACUACGCUGAGGAGCGCUUGAGCCAAUCACUGCAGCACGCAUUGUACGUCUCAUCACCACCAUGGACGCAGAAAGUGCCGAAUCAGGCCUCACAUGGGAGGUGAGGGCCAACCAGCAUCACUACCACAAACGACAGCAGAAGACAUCCAUCCUGUUCUUCCGUCGGGGACGAUGCUCGGACAACGUGGUGCGCAGCUAUAAGUACUCCGUGCUCACUUUCCUGCCCCUGACGCUGUUUGAGCAGUUCCAGCAACCGGCCAAUCUCUACUUCCUCUUCAUGGUGGUGUUGCAGUCUAUUCCCAUCAUCUCGUCCAUCGCGUGGUACAUCUCCGUCGUGCCGGUGCUCAUCAUUCUCUCUGUGAAAGGCAUAAAGGACCUCAUUAACGACAUGGCAAGGAGAGGCAGUGACUCUGCGAUCAACUCCCGACCAUGUGACGUGCUCGUCUCCCAGAGUUUCAUUACAGCACAAUGGAAGGAUUUGUGUGUGGGAGACAUUGUGCGCAUCCACAAAGACCAAAUCAUUCCUGCAGACCUUCUGCUCCUGUGCAGUUCAGAGCAUCAGAGUCUGUGUUAUGUGGAGACAGCUGACAUUGACGGCGAGACAAACCUGAAGUACAGACAGGCUCUCCAUGGAACGCACCAUGUCUUAACCUCUCACCCUGCAGACGGGACGCUGGCUAACUUCGACGGUGUGGUUCUCUGUGAGGAGCCCAACGAUCGCUUGUACACCUUCAGGGGACAGCUCCACUGGCGGAGGCAAUGUCUCCCGCUGGACAACGAGCAUAUCCUGCUGAGGGGGACAGUGCUGCGGAACACGCUGUACGCUUACGGCUUGGUCAUAUACACCGGUACAGACACAAAGAUUCUGAGGAACUGCGGAAAAUUGCGGAAGAAGGGAACUCGAGUGGAAAAAGUUCUCAACGGAGCGGUGAUCGGGAUAGUCGUGGCCAUGCUGCUGACUGCACUUCUUCUGGCCGUGGGGAACGGACUAUUCGCCAGCCGGGUCAUGACCCACACGGAGGUUCUGUCUUCUCUGGUCAUCAACAACAACCCGGCCUACACAGGCUUCCUCACCUUCUGGAGCUACAUCAUCCUGCUCAGCCCCGCCAUGCCUAUUGCGCUCUUCUUCACGUUUGAGAUGAUCCACACAAUGCACAGCAAGUUCGUUGGGUGGGAUCUGGAGAUGUACUGGCAGAAGACUGACAGCCCAGCACAGGCCCGCCACACCUCCUUAUGUGAGGAGCUGGGCCAGGUGGAAUACCUGCUCAGUGACAAGACUGGGACCCUGACCCAAAAUCGUCUGCUCUUCAGACAGUGCUGCAUAGCUGGCAAGAUUUAUGGUGAUGUUUCAAUAAGGGCAGAGGACACAAAGCCGAUGGACCUCAGAUGGAAUCCUUUCUCCCGUGGGGGUCUGUUCAUGUGGGCUCCCACCCUGGUGAGGCGUCUCCGAGCACAGCAGUGUGAGACCACAAGACAAUUCUUCACGGCGCUGACCGUGUGUCACACCGUCAUGGCCGAGUGGAAGAAAGGCGCUCCAGUUUACCAAGUGGCAUCUCCAGACGAGGAAGCUCUUGUUUGUGCCGCCAGGGAGUUGGGCUGGGUCUUCCUGUCCAGGACCGGAGACAUCAUCGUUGUCUCCGAACUGGGAGUCACCCGUCGCUAUAAACUGCUGGCGUUGCUUGACUUCACCAGCCAGAGGAGAAGGAUGUCUGUGCUGGUUCAGGAGCCAGGGGGAGCUUUGAAACUUUACUGCAAGGGAGCUGAUAUAGUGAUACUGGAGAGGCUACAAAGGGGCUGUCCACAUCAGGAGAUGACUGAACAAGCCUUGGAGGUUUUCUUCCAGCUGUUCUCCCAGGCCUCUCUGAGGACUUUGUGUAUUGCUGUCCGGUCGGUUACUGAGGCGUCAUGGAAGCAGUGGCGCAAAACGCUGGCCAGGGCGGCGGCCAUGGCGACCUGUGACCGCGGCAACCUGCUGGAGAAGCUUUAUGAAGAGAUGGAGCAAGAGCUUCAGCUUCUGGGAGUUACGGGCAUAGAGGACCGACUCCAGGAGGGCGUUCCAGAAACGAUCGCUUUACUUACACAGGCUGGGAUUAAAGUAUGGGUGCUAACAGGGGACAAAAAAGAGACCGCAGUCAACAUCGGCUAUUCUUGUAAACUGCUGGAUCCUGAUACAAAAUUACUUGAGUGGCAGGAGUUGAGAAACAUCCUGCAGUCCCCAGACCCUGAAGUCAGUUUCCUUAAGGCCGGUGAAACACAGCUGUGGGCUAUUGAAAAGGACAAACCCGGAUCAAAGACGGCGAUGGUCCUGACUGGUCCCGAACUGACAGAGUUUGACCAGAGUCCGGAAUGGGGGUCCACAUUCAUGAGCCUGGCCAAACAGUGUCAGUCGGUGUUGUGUUGCCGGGUGACACCUGGGCAGAAGGCCAACAUCGUCACUUUGGUCCAGAACCACACCAGCUCAAUUACGCUGUCAAUCGGGGACGGCACCAACGAUGUCAACAUGAUUAAGACGGCUCACGUUGGCGUGGGUCUGGUAGGAGUGGAGGGAGGCCAGGCUGUGCAGAACGCAGACUUCACCUUGUCCCAGUUCAGGUUCCUGCAGAGGUUGCUCCUGGUCCACGGGCGCUGGUCUUACCGCCGCAUCUCCCUUUUCUUGAGUUACUACUUGUUUAAGACAUGCAGCUACACGCUUGUCCAAAUAUGGUUUGGCAUCUUCAACGGCUUCAGUGCUCAGUCAGUAUAUGAACUAUGGUUCAUAAGUAUGUACAUCGCCUUCUACACGGCUUUCCAUAUUCUGUUUGUGGCCUUCUUUGAAAAGGAUGUGAGUGCAGAAAACAGCCUAAAACGGCCCGAGCUCUACAAGUCUGGACAGAGGCAGCAGCUUUCCAGUCCUCUGGUCAUAUUUGCGUCACUGGUGUACGCCGUCUACGCUUCACUUGCUCUCUUCUUCAUCCCGUAUGGAGUCUACUUCGACACAGAUUUAGACUACCAGACCAUGGCAAUCACUGUGUCCAUGGCAGCUACUUUUACUGCCAUCAUUGAGAAUGUGUUGAUCAGCAGAUAUUGGACAAUGUUGAACAUAGGAGCAGUGUGCUGUUCUUUGCUCAUGUUCUUCAUCGGCACCACGGUCACAAAUUGCAAGUUCCUGUUUCUUAGAGCACCUCUGGACUACUACUUUUACGGUGCAUCCGACAUGGCCUUCAGAGAUCCAGUCGUAUGGCUCACGGCUGUGCUCACCGCCUGGACGGCCGUGUUGCCUUCACUGAUCUUCCAUGCAGUCAGUGCCAUCCACCCCAGCCAAGACAAACAUAAGGUCCACAGCAUGACUCCUCAGCCAGUAGAACUGAAUUCAAGGUUCAAACGAGGAUCAUCUCGGCGUCGUUCUUCAUUUGCUGUCUCUCAAGGACCUGCGCCUGAACGCCUGAUCUCUUCAGGCAUCCAAAACACAGUUAUGGAUACCAACGGUGUGGCCUCGAGCGAUGCGAUUUGGUCUCAAUUAUAACACGAGUCGCAAUUAUUCUGAUUUUGGACUCAUCUUGACAACAUCAUGGAAGACUUGCAACUCGACUUGGACUUUUACAUCACUGACCCGGGACUUGACUCGGGCUUUAGCAAUACAACCUCAUAGCACUUGAGAGAUUAGGUAAGAGUGUUCAGCAAAUGUGUCCUCAGCAGUUAUAUACAAAAUGUAUUUUAAAGACAAAGUCGAUGCAACUAUGAUUAUCUUGACCAUGUGACAAGUUUGCAUUGCAGCAUAUUCCCCAGGUCAUGUCCCAGCAACCGCAUAUCAAUGUCAAAGAUGGCAUGCCACUCAAAUGUGCAAGUACUUCCUGUGCAUUCUGUCUAGUAAGUAUACUGAACAAAAAAACACAACACUUGUUUUUGCUCCCAUUUUUCAUGAGUUGAACUGAAAGAUCUAAAACUUUUACUGUAUACACAAAAUACCUAUACCUCUUAAAUAUUGUUAACAAAUCUAAGUGAGCACUUCAUCUUCGCCAAGUUAUUCUAUCUCACCUCACAGGUGUGGUAUAUCAAGAUGCUGAUUAAACAGCAUGAUUAUUGCACAUGUGUGCCUUAGGCUGCCCACAAUAAAAGGCCAUUCUGAAAUUUGCAGUUUUGCUUCAUUGAUAGUCUUUGGGGGUCAGAAAAGCUUUCAGUAUCUGGUGUGACUACCAUUUGCCUCACGCAGUGCAACACAUCUUCUUGGCACGUUGAUCAGGUUGUUGAUCGUGGCCUGAGGAAUUUUGGUCCACUCUUCUUCUAUGGCUGGGUGAAAUUUCUGGAUAUUGGCAGGAACUGGAACAUGCUGUUGUAUACGCCGAUCCCCAGCAUUCCAAACAUGCUUAAUGGGUGACAUGUACGGUGAGUAUGCUGGCCAUGCAAGAACUGGGAUGUUUUCAGCUUACAGAUCCUUGCAACAUGGGGCUGUGUAUUGUCAUGCUGCAACAUAAGAUGAUGGUCUCGGGUGAAUGGCACAACAAUGGGCCUUAUUAUCUCAUCACAGUAUAUAUGUGCAUUCAAAAUUAUAUCAAUAAAAUGCACUUGAGUUUGUUGUCCAUAACAUACAGCUGCCCACACCAUAACGCCACCCCAACCAUGGACAACUCGAUUCUCAACGUCUCAGCAAACUGCUCUCCCAUACAACACCCGACACGUUUGCCAUCUGCCCUGAACAGUGAAAACCAGGAUUCAUCCGUGAAGACAACACUUCUCCAACGUGCCAGACGCCAUGGAAUGUGAACAUUUGCCUACUCAUGUCGGUUACAACAACGAACGGCAGUCAGGUUGGGACCCCGACGAGGACGACGAGCGUGCAAAUGAGCUUCCCUGAGAUUAUUUGGUUAUGCAAACCAAUUGUUGCAGCAGCUGUCCGGGUGGCCGGUCUCAGACGAUCAUGGAGGUGCAUCAGCGGGAUGUGGAGGUCCUGGGCUGAUGUGAUUACACAUGGUCUGCGGUUGUGAGGCCGGUUGGAUGUACUGCCAAAUUCUCUGAAUCGCCUUUGGAGACGGCUAAUGAUAGAGAAAUUAACAUACAAUUCCUGGGCAACAGCUCUGGUGGACAUUCUUGCAGUCAGCAUGCCAACUGCACUCUCCCUCAAAACUUGUGGCAUUGAAAACUGAACAUUUCAAAAUGGCCUUUCAUUGUGGG